AUGGCCAUCACCAACCUCUCCGCUCUGCCCACAGAGCUCAUCCACCUCAUCACGUCCUCCCUCUCCUUUCCGGACGUGCUCUCGCUGCGUCUCGCCACCCGGUCCCUCAGCGCCAAAACGUCGUCCGACAGGCGCUUCGAGCAACGAUUCGCCACGCGCACCAGCGACCUUUCGACAAAAUCCCUCAAGACGCUCGCCGCCAUCGCCGCACACCCGACUUUCGGCGCCCUGGUCCGCGAAGUCACGCUCGUCACCUCUUUCCUCGAUACGACCACCCUGCGCAGCACCAUCUACACGCGCAAAAAGCCGCCUGCCGACAGUCCCGUCCGCGUCCCGUUUUCGGAUUGGGAUGAAGUUGGGCCGGAAGAACUGGCCGCGGCACGCCGAAUGCUGCGUGUAUACGAGGCCCUGCAGACGGACAGAGCGCGAGCGAGCGCCGAGGGCCAGGAUCUUGCGUUGUUGGUUGCGGUGUUUGAGCGGUUGGGAGCGUUGGAGACACUGAAGCUGGAGGCGAGCGUGUUUAAGAGCCAUGGAGAACCGCGGGGCGAGGAGCAGAGAUUGCAUGUGCUGCGAGCGUUCAACUACCUGCCUACUCCCUCGAUGCUGUUGCCGUCAUCAUCAUCAUCGGCAGCGGCUAGUAACAACGCUGGCGGUGAAGAAAGGAAUGGGAGGCCUCAGUUACGGCAUGGGGAGGCUAGCGGAAGACAGCAAAACCGACGGAAGAAGACGCAGAGGAGGCAGAUCUGGGAGAUGGCAUCGCAUGAUUUUUCCAUUACAUUGCGUGCCAUGGCGCAGAGCGGGAUUGCUAUCAACAACAUGCUGGUCUUCGGGAAAGAGUGGGGCUGCAGCAUCCUUUCGGCGGAAGUCGGAGCCUUGCUCGCCGGUAGAGCUAUGUUUGAGGCUGAGGGAAUACGGGCGGCGAUGUCUCGCCUGAAGUAUCUGAGCAUCAGUGUGACGCAAGGCUCGCUGCAGAUGUUUGGAGGAGACCUGGAGCGGACCACGGUGGAGCAAGAUGGCAUCGUUGGCAACGAGAUCCUGGAGGGGUUCGCAGAUUUGCUCGCGACAUGUUCGAGCCUCGAGGAGCUCGACAUGCGCAAUGUCUGGAUGUGCAACGAUCUCGGUCUGAAAAGGAACUGUACUGAUCCCCGCUUCUUCGGCGACAUCGCGACAAAGGCUGUCGUGCCGAAGCUCCGCUCACUCACAUUGCGCGGAUGGACUGUGCGGGCUGAAGACGUGUUGCAUCUACUUCGGAAAUGCAACGACCUGGAAGAGUUGGAGUUGCGUGAGGUGCGACUCUGGGACGGCCAGUGGAGUCAGGUGUUUCGGAUGCUGGGUGAACGGACACGGCAGUUGAAGCAAGUGACACUGUAUCGCUGUUUCGAGAAGCAACUGAUCCGUAUUACGCGGCCUGUGGGGGCAGUAAUAAAAUCAGACAGCCUGGGAAACAGAUUCACUGAGACUUUCAGGCUGAGCGGCGAAGAAGUCCGGGAUGGGGUCGACUACUGCAAGCAGGCUGAGAGGUGGAGUGGAAGAUGGCCUCACACGCUCUACCGGCGAGAGAGGAUGAACGAAUACGGGUUCUGA